AUGUAUGAACUGGUACUAAUUGCUCGCACAAAAGUCAAUUCAAUGUCCAUAGCAACGGGUGUACUACAAGCUGAAAAGGCUAAACACAAACAGUUGCUAAAGCAAUGUGCAAUGCAUGUGUUGGAUAACAAUGGUGUAGUUAGGCAGUUUAUCAAUCUGGGCAAAAAAGAUCUGCCUUAUCGCAUGAAACGACAUCAAGAAAUCCAUGCUAAAGGAGCAUAUUUCACCAUGCAGUUCGAUGCUUCUCCUUUGGUCAUGAAGAGUCUUUCUUCAUCACUUGCACUCAACGAAGAUGUGAUUAGACAUACAGUUAUUAAUUGUGGAGAUUCACUCGAGGCUGUUACGACACAUAUUGCUGCAGAGAAACUUUAA